UCUGUAAAGACGCUUAAAAAGGCUUAAAAACCCAAGACUUUUUUUAAAUUCAAUAUUCAUAAAAAAAAAAUAAAAGGAUGAACGUGGCCUUUUCUUUUUUCUUUUUAACUAAUUUUUUCCUUCUCCAUUUGCUUUCCUUCCUAGGAAGCUGUCUCCAUUUCCCCUGCAACUAGUUCUUUUAUAUUCUCGUUGAAUUUCUUCAUUUAAUUUAUAACCUUUAAAAUGCUUAAGUCUUCACUCAAAAGAUACUUAAGUUAAUCUCCUAAAGCUUAUUCUUCUUUUUCAACUGUUGUUGAUACCCUGAUUUGCCACCCAGUUUUGUUUUUUUCCUUCCAGACUUCUUUAUUUAAUUCUGACUAAUUUAUAAUUUCCCCCGCCAUUAUAAUAUCACCCAACUUGUUCUUUCUGAUCCAGAUUUUAAAUUUGCAUUGCCAAGGCGGUUCAGCAAUGAGAACAGAUAUGGGAAAAGUCUCCAAGUUUUCGUGGCCCAGAGUAGUCGUCCGAAAAUGGCUGAAUAUACCGACUGGAGCAGACGAGUUUCACUCCGAUUAUGACAUACACGGCAAAGUUGAUGAAAGAAGAAAGAGUUGUUCCGACGAGGACCAUUACGUGUUCGUACCGGAAGAUUUCUCAGGCUGGUUAUUUGAAGCUGCCGGAGGGAUUAAACCGCCGCCUGUCACCGAUUCGCUCAACCUAAGGAUGUUCGUGGGGACAUGGAAUGUGGGAGGGAAGUCACCCCACCAUGGUUUGAACUUAAGCGAUUGGCUAAGGUCACCUGCUCCUGCUGAUAUCUACGUUCUUGGGUUCCAGGAAAUCGUUCCUCUAAAUGCUGGCAACGUGCUUGGAGCCGAGGACAAUGGCCCUGCUGCUCAGUGGCUUUCGCUUAUUCGUCAAGCCUUAAAUUCCAACCCAAGCGACCUAGAACUUGCUCAACGUUACGAUAUUGCGACUGAAGCAAGGACUCCAUCGUCACCGCAGCUUGAGCAUCAAGCAAGCAUGAAGCCUAGGAUCAGCUUUUCCGAUUUACUUUCGAUGGAAGAUGAAAUUGGCAAAGAGGAUUUCGUAACAUUGCUAAACUCGAAUUCUAGUUUAUACGAAGAAGGCUUGGCUAACCCCACUUGCCUGUCCGACAAUCCAAAGCAGCAGCGCUUCUGCCUAGCCGCUAGCAAACAAAUGGUAGGGCUUUUCUUGUGUGUGUGGGUUCGAGCUGAUCUUUACCAGCAUAUUAGCAACCUGAAAGUCUCGUGUGUCGGCCGUGGCAUCAUGGGAUAUCUCGGAAACAAGGGUUCAAUAUCCAUUAGUAUGACAUUGCACCAAACAACGUUUUGCUUUGUUUGUACACACUUGACUUCCGGGGAGAAAGAAGGCGAUGAAAUCCGAAGAAAUUCUGAUGUCGCAGAAAUCUUGAAGAGAACAAAAUUCUCCCAUUCACUUAGGGGUUUCAAAGAGCCACCUCCUCCACAAACCAUUUUCGACCAUGAUAAAAUUAUUUGGUUAGGAGAUCUGAACUACCGGCUUGCCGCCGGUUGCGCCGAUACGUACGAAUUACUGAAGAAGAAUGACUGGCAAACACUUCUAGAGAAGGAUCAGCUAAGAUUGGAACAAAGGGCUGGUCGGGUGUUUAAAGGAUGGGAAGAAGGCAGGAUAUACUUCGCUCCGACUUACAAAUACCUAACUGAUUCCGACGACUAUGUCGUCCAAACAUCGAAAUCCAAAGAAAAACGGCGUAAUCCUGCCUGGUGCGAUAGGAUAUUGUGGAAAGGCGAGGGACUUAAGCAAAUGUGGUACUCAAGGGGUGAGUCUAGGUUCUCAGAUCACAGGCCGGUUUAUUCCCUCUUCUCAGUCCAAGUUAAUUUAGCCAAGAAUCCCAACUACAACGCUAGAUCCUGCCCACCGACAUUAUCGGGAAAAUCAGCUUUGACAUCGGCUUGCGUAGCCAAAGUACAAGCUGAAGAACUGUUGCUAAUUCCUAGGGUACAAAGCUGCUUGAACACAACUUCCAGGUUUUGAAAACCACACAAGGUUUCUUUAAAAGCUGUAAUGAACUGACAGAGUCGAGUGGUGAUGCAAAAACCAAUGACACCGGCCCACCGGACGGCGUGGUGGGUUUGUGAUGAUGUUCAUGAUGGAUAAGCAUGGACUGUCCACUCGGAGCAUUUCUUGGUGCAUGAAUCAAUAUAAGAGAAUAUGCUUAAAAUUGCAUGCAUGCCUGAAUUUUUUUUACAAAAAGGGCGAUGAUAUCAAGGGAUGUUGUAAAUAGGUACAGAAUUAGAAGCAGUGAAGGCAGGCUCUAUUUCAGAAGCCAAAGAAGAGGGGUGGUAGCCAAGCUUGCAUCUUCAGCUUUUUUGUAGACAAGUAUAUGUUUUUUUUUUCGUGGGUUGGGUUUGAGUUUUGAUGCUUGUAAAAGAGCUUUGAUUAAAGUGAAAAGUGUAAAUUGAAAAGGAAAAAAAAAGGGUUUGCAGAGUAAGUUCUGGCAGACAAGCUUCGAUUAAAGCAAAGCACUCUUGAGAAACUGCAAAUGCUAUAUUCAUCAUUGGUGAAUUUAUGGAA